CACUGCUAGUUUGCAUGUACCCGUAUAGAUCGGUCCAUUUCUGCUAGUAUACUCCUUUCGUACGCACACCCCUGCAUUCUGCUAGCUGCUCCGUGUCUCCCUCGUUGCAUGGUAAGCUAGCAUGUCGCCGUUCAAGCCGAUCGAGCAGUGCUCGACGGAGGGGCGGUCGCAGCAGACGGUGGCCUCCGACCUCGACGGCACGCUGCUCCUGUCCCGCAGCGCCUUCCCGUACUACCUCCUCGUCGCGCUCGAGGCCGGCGGCCCCCUCCGCGCGGUCGCGCUGCUCAUGUCCGUGCCCUUCGUCUACCUCACGUACGUCACCAUCUCCGAGUCCCUCGCCGUGCGCGCGCUGCUGUACAUCGCCGUGGCGGGUCUCGAGGUGAGGGACGUCGAGUCGGUGGCGCGGUCGGUGCUGCCCAGGUUCUACGCCGGCGACGUCCACCCGGAGGGGUGGCGGGUGUUCAGCUCGUUCGGCAGGAGGUGCGUCGUGACGGCGAGCCCCAGGGUGAUGGUGGAGCCGUUCGCGAGGGCGUUCCUCGGCGCGGACAGGGUCAUCGGCACGGAGCUGGAGGUCGGCGAGGACGGCAGGGCCACCGGCUUCGUCGCCAAGCCCGGCGUGCUCAUCCGCGAGCACAAGAGGAACGCGGUGGUGAGGGAGUUCGGCGACGCGCUGCCGGACGUCGGCAUGGGGGACAGGGAGAGCGACUUCGACUUCAUGGCCAUCUGCAAGGACGCGUACGUCGUGACCACCUCGCGGAAGCACCGGCCGGUGCCGGAGAGCCAGCUGCUGAGAACCGUCGUCCUCCACGACGGCCGCCUCGCCCAGCGCCCGACGGCGAUCAACACGCUGCUCGUCUUCCUCUGGAUGCCGGUCGGCUUCGCGCUCGCGCUCCUCCGCGCGUGCCUCAGCCUGCUCCUCCCCGAGCGCGUCCUCUCCUACGCCUACAAGCUCACGGGCGUCGGGCUCGUGGUGCGCGGCCGCCCGCCGCCGCCGGACGGGAGCCCCGGCGUGCUCUUCGUGUGCAACCACCGCACCGUGCUCGACCAGGUCGCCGUCGCCGCCGCGCUGGGCCGCAAGGUGAUCUGCGUCACGUACAGCGUCCCUCGGAAAACGUACGGCAUGAGCUCCAGGCUCCCGGAGGCGCUCACGGCCUCGCCGGUCAAGGCCGCCGUCGCGCUGUGCAGGGAGCGCGACAGGGACGCGGACCGUGUCCGGCGGCUGCUGGAGGAGGGCGUCGACAUCGUCGCCUUCCCCGAGGGCACCACCUGCCGAGGGGCGUUCCUGCUGCGGUUCAGCUCGCUGUUCGCCGAGCUCACCGACCGCAUCGUGCCGGUGGCCAUCGCCACCAGGGAGACCAUGUUCCACGGCUCCACGGCGCGCGGGUUUAAGGGCAUGGACCCUUACUUCUUCUUCAUGAACCCGCGGCCGGCGUACGAGGUCACGUUCCUGAGCCAGCUGCCGAGUGAGCUCACCUCCGGCGGCGGCGGCAAGUCGCCGGUCGAGGUGGCCAACUACGUGCAGAAGGCGCUCGCCGGGCAGCUGGGGUCCGAGCACAUCGGCAUCACGCGCAAGGAGAAGUAGCGAAUGCUUGCCGGCACCGACGGCCGUGUGGAGUCGAAUGAGGACUAGAACCAGAAGCCACACGCCCACUAUUAUUGGUUCCAAUAUAUAUGGCCAGGAGCCUCGUUUCUUCGUUAUUUCUGUCACAUAACAAGCUUCAAGUGCUUAUACGAGAACUGAAGAUGCAACAUAGUAGAACUCAUGUUGUUCGUUGUGGACUUGUGGUAUAACGACUUUGAUCAUUUCUUUGUCCUUUUAUUUUUACAAAAAUCCAAGAAAUAUAGUCAUAUAAGUUUCAUACUGAUGUAAAUUCUUUUGCUAUAUAAUAGAUUUGGCUAUGUUUUUUUUU